AUGGCGGCUUCGCUGUACGUUCCACCGUUCGAGCGCAACCAGCGCGAGGCGAUGACGACGACGCGCAUGCAUGAGAGUCUUGCAGAGCGCUGCGACUUGAGCCUCGCGUCGGCGCGCUACCGCUACCGCCUGCCGCGGGCAACAUCCAAGGGGCACACGUCGCGCGUGCCGGGGCUCAUCUCGCUCCUCUUCCAGCGCGAGCGACGCGGCCAUUUGAGCACGCCAGAGCGCCUCGCAACCAACGAGUCGUUUUUGCCGUUUGGCAUCAACAGCCAGUUCCACGAAGUCGACCAGCUAGUCGAGCGGCUCUACUGUGGCGAGUUUAGCGCCGAUGGGCGGCAAUUUCUCAUUGCGGGCCAGAGCGAAGAGAUCUCCGUGUACGACAGUGCGACGUGGAAGCGAGUGCUAUCGCUGCCGGCGCGGAACCUGCGCUGGACGGUCACGGACGCCCAUUUCACACCCAACGCCGACAGCAUCGUGUACUCGUCGAUCACGAGCUCGGUGCGGUUGGUGUCGCCAACGAGCGAGACAACGUUCCGCCUGAGCCCAUCGCGGCAGUCGACGCCGUCGACGCGCUACCUGCGGGACUUUGGCGUCUGGUGUCUCGGGCUCAAUUCGUCGGGCACCGAGCUCCUCGCCGGCACGUCGAGCAACAGCGUCGUGCUGCAUGACAUGACGACCAACAAGACCGUGUGUCAUCUCAUGGGCCACACGAACGACGUGAACGCGAUUACAUUUGUCGACGACUACUCGAACGUCUUUCUCAGCGGGUCGGACGACCAGCUCAUCAAGCUCUGGGACCGGCGCAUGAUGUCCGAGUCGAAUGCGACGCCCCAAGGCGUCUUCCCAGGCCACACGGACGGCGUUACGCACUUGAGCUCGCGCAACGACGGCUACUACUUCAUCUCGAACGCCAAGGACCAGAGCUGCAAGCUCUGGGAUUUGCGCAAGUGUCUCUCGAACGACAAGGUGCAGGUCGUGCCGCGCCGGUACGAGUGGGACUACCGCUUCGAGAUGUACCCGGGGUACGAAGACGACGAGGCUGAGACGCCGCACCCGCAAGACCAGUCGAUCAUGACGUACCGCGGGCACAUGGUGCAGCAGACGCUCAUCCGGUGCUACUUCUCUCCCUUGCACUCGACCGCCCAGCGCUUCAUCUACUCGGGCUCGGCCGACGGCGACGUGUACAUUUACGAUGUGCUCACGGGCGCGAUCGUCGAGCAGCUCGAGCGCAAUCAGUCGCCGCGUGACCGCCGCCGCGGCCCACCGGGCGUCACGCGCGACGUGCGAUGGCACCCCCACUUGCCGAUGCUCGUGUCGCCCGACUUUGACGGCAAGCUCUGCGUGUGGCAGAAGGACCCGCCUGCCCACUAA